CCAGAGCAUCAGCAUCAGGAGCCGGGAGGAGGGCGACGUCGAACCCGUAACUGGGGCACCGUGACCGACUAACAAUCAGUCAGUUCCAGUCCGCCUUUGCGAGCUAGUCGACGAAAUUUUCAAAGGGAUAACAAGAAAACUUGUAUUUUACGCGCGUUUUCCGCGUUCUCGGAUCAUCGUCGUCACACAAGGAGCUGAAGGACAGAAGUGUUACGGUGUAAUACGUACCGCCUUGGUAACGUCAGGAAUACAAGAGUCUUUUUACGAAUAUUUGACACACCGACAAAGGACACGGUCAAUAAAACGCACAACGCAACGAGGGUGCAUGAAUCGGAAGGAACGAGUUUGGGUCGAGUGACAAAGUCGAGAGGAAUAAGAAGAGGCGGAAGAAGUGUUCGUAACGCGUAGGUGAUAUCGAGGGUCCUUUAAGUCACCGCAGUCCACGCGAGGCUCGUUAAAGGAGCAUGGAGGCGGCCCAGGAUGUCGGUGGUGCAACCGUUCGAAGUGUCGUCGAAUUGAACGUGGGCGGCGUGUUUUACACUACGUCGUUAUCGACCUUGACGGGUGAGGGAGAUUCGAACCUGGCCGGUAUGUUCGGUGAGAAAUCGUCGGUCGAGCGAGACGCGAAGGGGAAGUACUUUCUGGAUCGGGACGGAGUGCUUUUCCGUUACGUUCUCGACUUCCUGCGGAACAAGGCUCUCGUGUUGCCCGAGGGUUUCAGGGAGCGGGAACGGCUUCGACAGGAGGCCAAGUUCUUCGGACUUCCGGGACUCGAGAAGGCGGUCAUAGAGCACGCGGAAUCACCGGCGAUCGGCAAACGGCCACCUGGUUACAUAACCGUUGGGUAUCGUGGAAGCUUCGCCUUUGGUCGGGACGGACUGGCCGAUGUCAAGUUCCGCAAGCUCUCCAGGAUCCUCGUCUGCGGACGAGUAGCUCUUUGCCGCGACGUCUUCGGCGAGACUCUUAACGAGAGCCGCGAUCCUGAUCACGGAAUGUCCGAUAGGUACACGUCGAGGUUCUUUCUUAAACACAAUUUCAUUGAACAGGCUUUCGACAUGCUUCAGGAACAGGGAUUUCGGCUUGCCGGUAGCUGCGGAUCCGGCACUGCCGGUGGUAGUACCGAACAACUUAAACCUGGUGUUGAUGCCGAGGAGAAUCGGUGGAACCAUUACAACGAGUUUGUAUUCGUACGCGAGUAGGCCUUGAAAUCUGCAAUCUCGUUAUCCAAAGACUCGUUAUCACGUGACCGAUAUGUUGGAGAUUACCGUGAGGUAAUCCCUGAUUUUCGAUAUCCGAAUCUCCAACGAUAAACUUGAACUUGAACUUGCGAAGAUACCCUUUGAUUCUCGUCGGAACCUCUCGAAGAUCUUGCAUGUGAGAUGAAACAAGGUUUUCAAAACUGUUGCAUGGAAUGGAUCACGAAGGUUAUACCUAUGUCCUAAUUUCUCAUUGGCAAAGGUCAGGAUGAGGGACAUCCGUUCGUCCUCGUUUGAAAGUGUGAUAAAAACUGUUGUUCGUCGUGUUUUGUUUCGUCGAAAAUGGAUUCAAAAUCCUGGAAAGUUCCUUUUCGUUUUUUUAUGCUCUUGCGUGCUAAUUCAUGAUUUUUGACAUCCGAAUCUCCAACGAUGAACUUGAAUUUGUGAAGGUACGCUUCGAUCAUCGUCGGAACCUCUCGAAGAUCUUGCAUCUGAGAUGAAACAAGGUUUUCAAAACUGUUGCGUGGAAUGGAUCACGAAGGUUAUACCUAUGUCCUAAUUCUCAUUGGCGAAGGUCAGGUUGAACAACAUCCGUUCGUCCUUGUUUGAAAGUGUGAUAAAAACUGUUGUUCGUCGUGUUCUGUUUCAUCCAUGAAAAUGGAUUCAAAAUCCUGGAAACUUCUUUUUUGGUUCCUUUGUGUUAUACGUUCCUGGCUGUUCGUGCGUCGAUCAGCUGUUGCAUGCCUGUUGUUAAAUUCGCGCGAUCGCGAAGAAGAUCCUUCCUUCCUUUCUUUCUUUCUGCAACGGUCUACAAUCCGUCGGAAGUGGGAUUGAGACGGAAUUAAGUGUGAUUAUAUGGCGGAAUAGCUGAACCCGUAUCGGCGAGGUGGAAAUCUCCUAUCAAUUGGGCGAGGGAAAUCAACGGGCUAUUAACGAAGGGAUUGAGCGAUUUGGUUUCGAAUCGACGAUGAAAAAAUUAUCUUACAGUGAUACGAUAAAACACACGAGAUAUCUGUUGCGUCGAUCAUUUUUCUUACCGAUCAUUUAUGGAAAAGAAAUUACAAAAUGAGAGACAAUCGGCUAAAGAGAGAGAAGAAAAAAUACUUUGAAUCAAAUCAGCAAUAACGAAUAUUGCCAAAAGAAAGAAAAUCUGCGAGAAAAUCGAAGAUACAUAAUUACACACAAAUAUACAUAUAUAAAAUAUAUGUGGAUAUUAAUACAGUAAUAUAAUUAUGAUAAAAAAAAAUAUGUAUAAGCGUAAUGUAUUGAUCUGUAUCAGUACAAUACAUAUAUAUACUAUAUGAAUUAGUAAAGGAAGAUAAAAAUUAAUCCUGAAUUUAAAUCGACUGUUAUUGUGGGGAU